GGCAGUUAUUCAGCUCUUAGCUUUCUCUUCCUGUUGUUUUCAUCCUAAGUUCUCACCAUGUCCGGACGAGGAAAGGGAGGAAAAGGGCUUGGCAAGGGUGGUGCCAAGCGGCAUAGAAAAGUGCUCCGCGAUAAUAUCCAGGGUAUCACCAAGCCUGCCAUUCGCCGUCUGGCUCGGCGCGGCGGCGUCAAGCGUAUCUCAGGGCUCAUCUACGAGGAGACCCGCGGUGUGCUGAAGGUUUUCCUGGAGAACGUGAUCCGGGACGCCGUCACCUACACCGAGCACGCCAAGAGGAAGACAGUCACCGCCAUGGACGUGGUCUACGCGCUCAAACGUCAGGGCAGAACCCUCUACGGAUUCGGCGGCUAAACUAGCAGUCCAAAUUCAGGUCUUAACUAAAAUUUUAAAGGCCCUUUUCAGGGCC